ACCUGGGUACAUCCAAUUUGUGAAGGAUUUUUUAUGUAACUAUGUUCCCGACUUCUUAAAAGACGUCUAGACCGAUAAUGAUGAAGAGAUUUAGUGAAUUAAGUAGCGUAUUAGAGGUCAGGUACCAUGACGAUCGUUAAUCAGUGAUUCUGUUUCGAGGUUUUUGAGUUGCAGACGAAUCUCAUUAACUUAAUUGUAAUAAAUGGUUAUAUGGUUUUGACUUAUUUAGUGUUAGUGGUGGUAGGUGCUGUAACUGUUCCAUAUUUUAGGUAUCUAUUACGUCAAAAGGUCUUUGAGUCAAUCAUCGUCUUUGAUAUCACGUACCCAUAUGCAAUUUUUAAAAAACGCUAUAGGUAUGCCGCAUGCGCUAAACAGAGACCCGAAGUUAGCAUUUCCGGACGGUGAUGCCAACGUAACGGGCACCGGGCGGGCGCCGGGCGCGACCCGCGUAUCGAUCCCGACACCCCAAGCGCCCCGCGCCGUCUCCGUGCCGGCAAAAACAUUGCGCUGCUGUUCUACAUAUUAUCUAAUUAAUAGCCUAGUAAUGUGAAUUGCUUGAGAAUACUGUGCAAAAUAUAGUACAUCAUUCAUUCAUCAUGGACAUGAACUCUAUGACAACAUCAGGGCUUCUCGAGUGGGAGUUUUCGUUGCCGUCGGACCAGAUAAUAUCGCACGGGUGGUACCACGGGGCGCUGAGCCGAGCGGCGGCCGAGAGCCUUCUGCAGCAGGACCGCGAGUUCCUGGUGCGCGACUCCUCGUCGCAGCCCGACAAUUACGUGCUCAGCUGCCGCUCCAACGGCCAGCAUCUACACUUCGUCAUCCAGCGGAUUGUAGUACAUCCAGAAACUGUCUACGAGAGAUACCAAUAUCAAUUUGAAGACGAAGCCUAUGAUACGGUUGCUGAUCUGAUUACGUCUUACGUGGGUUCUGGAAAGCCUAUAUCUGCAGCGUCAGGCGCGAGAAUACAGUACCCGGCUAACAGAAUAGUACCUUUGACGAACUAUAUACCUAACGAUGACGCCAACUCAGUUGUGUCCCCUGUGGGUGACGGAUCCGGCUAUGGCAACCCGUAUAGUCUCUACAGUCAUUUCGCUUCCAAACCAGGAAUGCAAUUACGUGCACCAUUCAAAAAGCAACGUUCCCAUUCGCUGACACCUAUUGACAUGAGCCAGCAUGCGAAUCAAGCGAAGAGCGCAAGUGCAGAUGGGAUCAUUCAAAGUCAAACAAUGAAACAUGUUAAAAAAAUUCCGAGUGAAUCAAACUCCUGUUCAGGCACCUGGGAUGUGAAUCUUCCUACUAGUCCUCCCGCCAAGCCGGCUAGAUACGAUGGUCCCAAGUCGGACGACAGACGAUUGGAAUUGCAAAGACUGUACCACGUGUCAGGAUCAGACUCAGGAAAUGGCUCCGGGGAUUCUACUCAAAGCUCAGCCCAUAGCGACCCGAAUAAGUCAAGGAUAGACUCGGAUUACAAUGUAGUAACUCCAACGAUAAAACAGCAGUUCGACUACGAGCUAACGGAAGCACGGCUAUUGCGAUCCGAGAAUUUGGACUAUACCAUAGAUUCCCGAAUCAACCUUGAGAACUUCCAGUCGCAAAUAAUAUUAUCAGGACUCUCAAAACCGUUGGAAUCUGAGACUUUGCACACAAUCAAGCUCUUAUUACGAACAUCAGGGCCUCGCAUACUGGCGAAUCAUAUGACAAAAGUGGACCUGCACUUUUUGCUCGAUGAUGCGAUACAGAUCGAAGGUCUAGAGAAAACAGCAUCUGGCUUAGAAUUAUGUUUUUUGCCUCAGGGAAGAUCACUGCGUUUAGAUGUUAUUGAAAGAAUUGAAACCUUUCGGCUACUGAUAGCAGUGACGAUAUUGACUUGCCAAACGGACAGGCAAAGAGCUGAUACUAUCAACGAUUGGAUACUUCUCGCAGUCGAAACAAAAACUGCACUCGGGAAUCUCUACGGAUUUUCGGCCAUCAUGUUCGGACUGUGUAUGCCGCAGGUGGAGUGCUUAGAAAACGCAUGGAAUAUUUUAAGGCGUGUUUACACAGACAAUGCCUUCAUGUUCGAAGCAAAGCUGCGUCCUUGUUUUAAAAGUAUGAACGAGGGCACAAACCCACUACCACCGAACACGACUACUCCGCACAUUCUACCGCCGGUGCUAUGUUUUCAUUUAUUCGGUAAGAAUAAUAUUAGAAUCAAUCAUCAAUUAUUCAAUUCGGUGCUUAUACUUGAAGCGAAGACUUGUACGGUAUUGGUUACAGAUGGUGAGGGAGGCGGCCUGAUGCAACCAGAUGAGUCUUUUCCGACGAGCCUGAUGAACAUCCUCGCCUUCGACUUCAGCGCGACUGCAGCGCACCUGGAGUCAGCGCGCUACUUCCCGGACCAAGUGGACAUGUUCAAGAGGAACGCUCGCACAGUGGUGCAGGAGAUGUCUUCCCUGGGGCCCACCUUGGACCCGACCCUAUUAGAAUUAUUCAAAACUGAAUUUCACAUUAAUUUUCUUUGGGGCGAACGCGGGGCGUUAACCACUCCUAACCAGAGGUUUGCGCGGUUAACAGAUAUAUUAACGGCGAUGGCUAAUAAACUUGCUAACCAGCCGCCAGAGUGUGAAGGGGCUGUAUAAACAGCGACAAAUUGUAGACACCUGUUGUGUGAUCACUGAUCAAAGGACUCAAAGGAGCAUUAAUACUCUACCAUAAGUACCAUAUCAUCUUAUUACUUUAGGUACAUAAACAUACAUGUAUAUGUAUUUAUGUAGCUUAGAAAAGUUUGAAAUUCGUAAUCUCCAUGUAAGUAAGGCCCAUGUUACACAGGCAUCCACUCGAACAUGUGUAUCUGGUAUUUUGUUAUUUAUUAAAUAUUAUGUAAUAACAAAAGAAAUUAUUAAUACGAGGGGUAAAAAAAUAUAUCUUUGAGGUUAAAUACCUACCGACAAAUAAUGGUUGCCACCCUAAUCCUAGUUAUAAGUAGUAAUCUAAGUUAGCUGUCCGCCAGUCUGUCAGCCAGAUUUGGCCUGUUCAGAACUGUGACUGUUUUAUGUAUAGCGUAAACACUAUUCGCAAGGGACCGGGCAACAUUCGAUAUAUGGUUACCUAGCAUGGCUAAACUGACCAGGCUGCAUAGCCAACGUGCCAAUCGUUUACGCUUCGUCGCGUAGCGUAGUCUUAUCUCUCUGUCAUUGUCACCCUUUUUAGGGUUCCGUAGUCAACUAGGAACCCUUAUAGUUUCGCCAUGUCCGUCUGUCUGUCUGUCCGAAGCUUUGCUCCGUGGUCGUUAGUGCUAGAAAGCUGAAAUUUGACAUGGAUAUAUGAAUCAAUAAAGCCGACAAAGUCGUAGACUAAAUUCAAAAAAAAAAUAUUUUUUUAGGGUCACCUCUCUUACACGUAAAGUGGGGGUGAUUUUUUUUGCAUCAACCCUACAGAGUGGGAUAUCGUUUGAAAGGUCUUUCAAAACUAAUAGGGUUCUUCAACAAACAUUUUUUGAUAAAGUGAAUAUAUUCGGAGAUAAUCCCUCCGAAAGAAAUAAUCCUUCUAACUUUUGAACCAUACGUCAAAAAAAUAUGAAAAAAAAUCGUGGAAGUAGAGCUUAAGAAAGACAUUAAAUGAAAACUAUAGCGGACAUGAUCAGUUUAGCUGUUUUUGAGUUAUCGCAAAAAGUUUCCCCUUCAUAGUAAAAAGACGUACAGUUCAUCCCUUGGUUAAUAAUCUACUAUACUUUAAGCUUCAGUUUAGCUUAUUGUGACAGAAGAGUAACUACGGAACCCUACUCUGAGCAUGGCCCGAUAUGCUCUUGGCCGAUUUUUUAUUAUUGGGACAAUGAUAGUUGGCACGAAGGCUUUGCGUCCAGUGCAUCAUGAGCGUAGAAUAGUUAUAUAUGUACCUACCUAUACAUACACCUAAUACCUACGUGUAAGUAUUUAUUAUAUUUAUAAAAUGCGUCUUAAAAUUAAAUAAACACAUCAUGAAUGUC